AUGGGCGUCCAAGGGCUAUGGCAGCUGCUCGCACCAGCGGCGCGGCCGGUAGCCUUGGAGUCGCUGCAAGGAAAGCGCCUUGCGAUCGACUCGUCUAUCUGGCUGUACCAUUUUCAGAUGGCAAUGCGCGACAAGGAGGGCAAAACGCUUGCCAAUGCACACUUGCUUGGUUUUUUGUGGCGCAUUCUGAAACUCUUGUUUUAUGGAAUCAAGCCGGUGUUUGUUUUUGAUGGUGGCGCGCCCAUACAGAAACGCAGGACACUUACAAACAGAAAAGCGCGGCGCACGCAAGCGUCCGAGUCGCACGCACACGCAGCAGAGAAACUGCUCGCGGCGCAAAUGCGCCAAGCGGCCCUCGCACAUGUCCAUGGACACACACAGGCGACCGCAGACGGACUCGAGGACGGCACCGUGUACUACGAUACCGUUGGACGCACGAAUCACGCUCAAGUCACGGGAAUGGUGACCAAUGCGGCGCCUGUGGACGAGAGUGCUGCAAAGAAGCGCCAGUCAUGGCACAAGGACCCCUACCAACUCCCUGCACUUACAGAAGGAACACUUGCGUCUGAGACACAGCAAAGAGAUUUGCGCCUUGCGACAGAGUCUGAAUUGCGCUCGCUCAUGAACAGCAUCGCGCCAGAAGAUCUCGAUACCAACUCGGAACUCUUCCGCAGCUUGCCGACCGACCUGCAGUACGAGCUGGUCGGCGAUUUACGCGCACAGUCGCGCACAACCAACUAUUAUCGUCUGCAGGACAUGCUUUCCGCUGCGCCCACUGCCAUUGAUUUCUCGCGUGCGCAGAUUGCGGGGCUCAAGACACGCAACGAACUGACACAGACGGUCUUGAGCGUCACAGACGAGCUCGGGAAUGCGAAUAUUCAGGUGCCUCUGCGUGUUGCAGGGAUACGCAACCGCGAGUACGUGCUCGUGCGUCGGCCCGAGAGCGAGGGGGGAUAUGCACUGGGCGAUGCAGGCACAAGCGCCACAAAAGCUAUCGAUAUCGAGAAGGAGGAGCAGCGGCAUGCGCCUUUUCCACAUAUCGAGGACGACGAGGAUGCACUGGGAAUGGAGGACGUCACGAUCCCUUCGACUUGCGAUGCGGCGUUGGAUGCUUUGGUACAUGAGGAGCAGGAUCCGCGCGUGCGAAAAGAACGCGCAGUUGCCAUGCUUGCUGCGCGUGCCGAACAGCAUCGCAGACAGCAAUGGAUCGAGGCGGGGCUCGAUGCACACGAGGAGCGCUUGUAUGGACGCUCGGUGCCUGUCGAGGCGUCUGCUGUGUUUUUGGACGAUCAGGAGAGCGAGGGCCAGGGUGUGCAGACGCACGAGAUGGAGAGUAGGCCUGUGCCAAAGACCACAGAGCCCGGAGAUGUGGUAGAAGAAAUGUCGGAUAACGAGCUGGAGGAUGUACGGCCUGUACGGGCAAGCCAUGGUGCUAUGGCGCAAGGGAAAAUCACGCGUGCGUCGAUGGCCAGCGAUGUACAUGACACUGUUUCUAUUUCUGAUGCGGCGCCCCAUAUGCCGUCCACUGCAUGCGCAGCUGCUUCGCCGCCAGCAGUACAGGCAGCUCCUAUCAAGCAAGAGACAUGGCCGUCUGCGCCAGCGCCUUGCAGCGACCAGGUGGCCGAGCAAAACGUUGCGCCGUUGGAGCAGGCUUUCACUUCAACACCCAAAUUUUCCCCUCUUUCGCAACAUGCCGUGAUUAACACAAACGCAGGCGUGCCGGCUCCCACCGAGACUUUGCCAAGCCCAGGGAGCAUUUCACAAGCUGCCUCCCCUGAGGACGCAUGCAAAUCACCCCCGGCACCCACGCAUAUCAAGAUCCAGCGCGCUAGCUCUCCACACUACGACACCCUUCACAAUACACCACACAACACACCUCCUAUGCACCCCGCCGAUAUACCCCAAACAACACCGGUUCCAUGGUCGCCGACACCCUCGCCCGAGCCCGUGGAGCUUGGCCCCGAUGGCUUUCCUCUAGCCGACGGACAAGACAAGCGCGUAGCGCUAGACAAUGAUGAAACGCACUUUGUCCGUUUCCUCAGCACCACAAGCGGCCGCGAUCCCGGCGAGCUCCAGCGCCAAGUGCGCGCCGAGGUCGAGGCAUUGCAUAAAGAAAGAAGCAGGCUGCGCCGCGCCGAGGCCGAUGUGAAUUUGCAGAUGGUCACCGAGAUCCAAGCGCUCUUGCGUCUGUUUGGCCUUCCCUACCUGACCGCGCCGAUGGAAGCUGAAGCGCAAUGCGCGCAGCUCGCGUCGCAAUCGCUGGUCGACGGCAUCAUUACCGACGAUAGUGACGUGUUCCUCUUUGGCGGAACGCCUGUGUACCGCAACAUGUUUAACCCACAUCGCAUGGUAGAGUGCUACAUGCUGCACGAUAUCCAGCGCGAGUUGGGCCUGGACAGGACACGGCUUAUUCAGCUCGCCUUUUUGCUCGGCAGUGACUACUCCGAAGGGCUCCCUGGCGUAGGGCCUGUUAUGGCGAUGGAAAUUUUGUCCUUGUUCCCUGGCGAGGACAGCUUGCACGCUUUUCGCGACUGGUGGAAACAAGUCCAGGUCGGCGUUGAUAAGACAGGCGACGAUGCGCGGACCAAGGUCCGGAAACGGAUCAUCCGCGCGCUGCGCGAUCGCGUGCAUCUCUCGGACAACUGGCCUGAUCCAGCAGAAAAGGAGGCAUACGUAGCGCCCGACGUGGAUACGAGCGAUGCGCCUUUUGAAUGGGGAAGCGCCGAUCUGGACGCGCUCCGUGCCUUUCUAGGCGAAUACUUGCGUUGGCCCACGACCAAGACGGACCAGUAUGUGCUGCCCGUGAUGGAGCAGCAGCGCAAGAAUGCGCGCAUGCACAGAAUCCAAGCGACACUCGACCAGUCUGGGUUUGUCUCCGGUCAGAUGGCAUCGCACCGCGCCGGGCCCAAAACAACCUUUGGCUCCACAAGGCUACAGCAAGUCGUGCGUGAUUUCCGCGCGGCGAAUCAAACGUUAGACACGCGUGCACCCCCAAAAAAGCGGCGUUCCACGCCAGCAGAGAGCGACGAGGAAACGUACUCGCCGCGCCCCAGCAAGUCGCGGCGUGCCGCGCAAGAGCGGCGCGCAUCGCAAGCGGCCAACUUGCAUGCGGGACGUACAUCGGCGCUAGAUAGUGUGUAG